GGGUAACGGCGAAGCUAGACGAGAGGAGGCGAGGCGAAGCGAGGCGAGAGGAUGGGGGGUGGCCCGCAGGCCGGCCCGCGGCUUCGGCUCCAGUAUCCCUCGAGCGAUCGUCCCUGUGUUUUCUGUGUUGUACUUCACUGGAGCCGCGCGGCCAGGUUUCUCUCUCCUGUGUGUUCUCCAACAACGCGGCGUGCGUGCGGCAUCGUGAGAGAUCCGACAGUGGAAUAUACGCGCACCCUCACCCUCUCUCACCACUCUCCACCACCUCUCUCGCCUUCCGUUACGCCUACGUAACCAGAGGGAGUACGCGACACGCGCGCACGUGCGCACACCUGUUUCUAUCUUUCCUUUCUGAUUCCUCUUCGCUCCUCUUUUUUUCUUUUCUUUUCUCUUGUUCUUUUUUUCUUUUCCUUUUUCUUUCUCUUCCCCCCCCCCCACUGGCCCCUCUUUUACUUUUGACUUUUACUUUUAUUUCUCCUUAUCUUUUCUCUCUUUUUUCCUCUGCUCCCUUUCAAUCCCAUCCUACCUCUCCCCAUCUAGUAAUAUCUAACUUCUCUUCGUUUCUACUUCCUCUUCUUUUCUUUCUUCUUCUUCUUCUUCUUCUUCUUCUUCUUCUUCUUCUUCUUCUUCUUUCUUUGUUUUCGCUUGAAUUCCCGUUAACCAUUCUUUACUUAUUCUUAAUCCUCGAGGUGGAUAAUCGAGAAUAUAAAUAGGUGUGUGAGAACGAUCGUCGAUUGUGCCGUGGAACCACGUGGAUUCGUACGUUGUUACGAUAAAAGAGAAUAGAAGAGAAGGGAAGGAUAUAGAAGAGAAAAGAGAAGAAGAGAAGAGAAGAGAGGAGAGGAGAGGUGAGGAGAGGAGAGGAGAGGAGAGGAGAAGAAAAGAAAAGAGAAGAUAAGAGAGUGGCUGCUGGCAAGGAGUGUAAACGUCGUUCUUUCUUCUCGUAAUCAGCGAUAGUACGUACUACAUAUAGUGCCGCAAGAGGGAUACGAAUUGAUUUUCGUAUUAAAAGCAUUUCGUUUCGUCGUGUUAAAGAGUCGAAGAAGACGACUACGCGUAUCGACCUAUCUUUUCACGCGGUCGAGACGCAUAUAUACAGAUUGUGUGUAUGUGUGUGUGUGUGUGUAUGUGUGUGUAUGUGUGUGUGUGAGAGAGAGAGAGAGAGAAGGGUAAAGGAAAGUGUUCGGAGCACGAGAAGAUGCUCGAGCGAGGGAAAGGUAUCUACGGUGUUGCGAAAGUGUAGCUACGUCGUGCAGCAUCAUCAUCUGUCCUGGAUCCAGAGAUCGAGCUCGCUUCUCCCGGAAAACUCGUUCUUUCUCUCUCUAUCUUCGUCUUCGUUCCUAUCCUUUUUGCUUUACGAAACGAGAGAAGAUAGUGAUCGCAAGGGUGGAAAAGAAACGAUAUUCUCGCGAGAUAUAAUGUCUAUACGUGAAGGAAGUGAAUAAGUGUUUAAUAAAGAGAGAAAGAUAAUAGUAUGGAAUUGUUACGUCAGUGAUCCAAAUCAGAGGAUUAUUUCUUUAUAAAGUGGAUGAUCUUUUUAUUAUUUAUUUAUUUAUUUGAUUUUUGUGCGCUCGCGGACAUCGCUCGUAAAGGAUUACCGGGAUUGUGUUAAGUGAAAAAUAUUCAAAUCCUGUCCCUGUUGAUUUGUGAGAAAGUGUUCCCCGAUUAAAUAACGUCAAGAGGGAAAGAUCUAUCGAAUGAAUAAACGAGGAUAAAAAUAAAGGCGGGAAGAAGCGAAUCUGAAAAAGAGAGAGAGAGAGAGAGAGAGAGAGAGAGAGAAAGGAAGAAAAUUGGGGAAGAAGAAAAAAGGAUAAAAAAAGAAAAAAGAGGAAUAAAGUGUAUUCUGUUAGGAGUGCCGAAGAAAAAGUUUGCGGUCGAGCUACGGGGAAUGGUGAUGCGGUAGUCGAGGGAUUCCCCAAGGAAAGACAUGAGGGCGGUCGCCGCCUACGUCCUAUUCCUUGCCCAGCUAAUACAGUCGACAACCGGGAGUGGAUUCUUCGAGGUGCAGAUCCUCUCGUUGACGAACAACAGGGGCACCCUGGUGGACGGCAGGUGUUGCGGCGGGGGUGGGGGAGAUGGAAAAGGUGGCUUACCACCAUGCACGACCUCCUGUUCAACGGCCUUCUGGUUAUGCCUGAAGGAAUAUCAGUCGAAUGUCACUGCCAUAGGCUCCUGUAGCUUUGGCAACGUAUCUAGUCACGCCCUCGGUCAGAACACCUUCACCCUCACCGAACCUGUCACCUUGCAACUGCACUUCACCUUCCGAUGGACCAGGCAAUUUACGCUGAUUCUACAAGCGAGAGACGAGGCGAGCGCCGGCGUCAUCGAGGAAGCGAGCUACAGCGGAAUCGUCCUGCCUGGCCCAACGUGGCACACUCUCAAUCAUCAGGGUAGAAAUGCUCAUUUGGCUUAUCGCGUGCGCGUCCAAUGUGCGGAUCAUUACUACAACGCGACGUGUACCAAGUUCUGCCGGCCGAGAAACGACAUAUUCGGUCAUUACACCUGCGACGAGAACGGCGAUAAAGUCUGCAUACAAGGCUGGAAAGGUUCCGAUUGCGAGAUAGCUGUCUGUAAAGAGGGUUGUCAUCCGGUUCACGGUCAUUGCAACGUAAGUGGCGAAUGCAAGUGCAGACACGGUUGGCGAGGUGAUCUUUGCGAUCAGUGUACACCAUAUCCCGGAUGCAAGCAUGGCUAUUGCAAUGGCUCGAGUUGGCAGUGUAUAUGCGACACGAAUUGGGGUGGCAUACUCUGCGACCAAGAUCUAAAUUAUUGCGGGACGCACGAGCCUUGUCAGAACAGUGGCACGUGCGAAAAUACGGCGCCGGAUCAGUAUAGAUGCACAUGCCCCGAAGGAUUCUCCGGGCCGACCUGCGAGAAGGUCGACAAUCCUUGCGCCUCGAGUCCGUGCGCCAAUGGAGCGACCUGCAUCGAAUUAGGUGAAAGCGCUCAUUGUGAGUGCGCGCCUGGUUUUACGGGGCCUUUGUGUGCGACCGACAUCGACGAGUGUGCCUCGCAACCUUGUCAAAACGGUGGUACCUGCGUCGACGGUAGAAAUGGCUUUGUUUGUAACUGUCCACCUGCCUGGCAAGGUUCUCUUUGUCAAUUCGACGUCGACGAAUGUGCACUCAAGGAAUCACCUUGCAAGAAUUCGAUCAGUUGCGUUAAUCUUGCCGGUGAUUAUAGAUGUCGGUGUCGAAGCGGCUUUAAUGGCAAGAACUGCACGAAGAACAUCAAUGAUUGUGUCGGACAAUGUCAGCACGGUGCAUUGUGCAUCGAUCUCGUUAACGAUUAUCAUUGUAGUUGCACGGCUGGUUAUUCCGGCAAGGAUUGUGACGUCGACAUCGACGAAUGUGCCUCGAAGCCAUGUCAAAAUGGCGGAGAGUGCAGGGACCUGGUAAAUGCUUAUGAGUGCGUCUGUCCCGUUGGUUUCACCGGUUACCAGUGCGAGAUCGAUCGCGAUCAUUGCAGUCCAAAUCCCUGCAGAAAUUCAGCGCCAUGUUUCAACACUCAAACCGAUUAUUAUUGUCACUGUCCCGAACAAUGGCAGGGAAAAAAUUGUAGCGAGUCAGCCUCACAGAAUCCUCAGUUCGGCGAGAAUACGGACGAUCAAUUAGGCUGCGGUAGCGAGGGAACGCCUUGCGGUGGCAGAGGAAGAUGUAGCGGCGACAAAUGCAUCUGCGACCCCGGAUAUACCGGGGUACAUUGUCACGAGAAUAUCAACGACUGCCGUGGCAAUCCGUGUUUGAACGGUGGUACCUGCGUUGAUCUGAUAAAUUCGUUUCAAUGUAUCUGCCGGGAAGGUUGGAGCGGAGAUUUGUGCGAUCAAGACGUAGACGAAUGCAUGGCGUCACCUUGCCGUAACAAUGGCACAUGCGUCGACGGGGUCGCCGACUUUACGUGCAUUUGCCGAAACGGUUGGAAGGGAAAAACUUGUGCCCUUCGAGGUGGCCAUUGUGAGCCUGGUACUUGUCGUCACGGAGGAACUUGUCAGGAUCGCGGGGAUGGCUUCACGUGUCAUUGUCCACCUAGCUGGGAGGGUGCAGCCUGUCACAUAGCGUCUCCAGCGUGUACCAGUAAUCCCUGCGAGAACGGAGCAACUUGCGUUAAUACGGCCGACGGAAAUUACAGAUGCGUUUGCCGUGAGGGUUUCGAAGGGCCAAAUUGUCUUCGUGACGUCGACGAUUGUCAACCGUUGCCUUGUCUAAAUGGUGGUAAAUGCGUCGACGGAGUGAAUUGGUUCAGAUGCGAAUGUGCACCAGGCUUUACCGGGCCAGAUUGUCGUAUAAACGUGAACGAGUGCGCCAGCGAUCCCUGCACCGCCGGAGCGACCUGCGUCGAUGGAAUCGCCAGUUACUCUUGCGUUUGUCCACCGGGCAGGACCGGUAUUCGUUGCGAGAUUCGCACGGCCGGCGGUCCAGGAUGCGUGGCAGCGAGUUGGGAAGACGACUGCAACAUUUGCGAGUGUCGAAGCGGAAAGAAUCGAUGUAGUAACGUCUGGUGCGGUCAGGGUAACUGCUUGAACGGUACGUCCUGUCUGGCGCACGAGGUAUGCGUUCCAAGCCCAGGAGAAAGUUGUCUCUCGCCGCCCUGUCCAGCUUGGGGUGAAUGUCGACCGGUGGAAACUGGAAGAAGAGUAGGACCACCGGCAUUACCGGCACCACCCUCCUGUUGGCCUGGUCAAGCGACACCAGGGCCAACGUGUUCGAGACUGACUAUACUUUUGAGAAGAGACACUUUAGCGUCCGGCACGUCAGUCGAGUUGCUCUGUCGUAGAUUGAGAAAACUCCUGGCCGAUCCGAGGCGACCGCAAUUGAUCGUUUUACUUUGCGAUCUUAAGCCCGGUGACAACGACACGGUCGAAGUUACAAUUUUCUCGGAAACGGCAGCCGACGCAGCCAGAGAUUUGGGAGAAGCACUUAGCCGUCCUAUGGGCAGACCGCUCGCUCUUGCCUCAGUUUUAGAGGUCAAAGUUGAAACCGCUCUUAUCAGCGAGCCAAGUUCCAAUUCCAACAACGUGGCAGGUGGAUACGUAGCCGUUCUUGGCGGUGCUCUUGCAACCGUCCUUUUACUCGCUCUAUUUGGAGGACUCUGGUAUCUAAGGACAGCGAGACAACGAUCGAGCUUGACUGCGACUACCAGCAGCGAGACGUCCUUGCAUCGUCAUCGUAGUGACCUUGACGAGAAAUCGAAUAAUUUGCAAAACGAAGAGAACCUAAGAAGGUACGCAAAUCCAUUGAAGGAUCAAGAUCCUGAACCACGAGUGUCCGUGGUCAGACCAUUGUCCGGUGCUUCGCUCGGUUCUCUCGGUACAACGGAAGAGAGUCUCGAAAUGGUAUCGGAAGAAGGAAGACAUCGUUUACCACCCCUUUACAAACCGCCGAGCGCCGAAACGAGAAACAACACGGCGAGUUUUAGUUACGAGGAGGGACCUCACAAACCUUACACCAAACCGAGAAUACAGGAACCAACGUACUCGCAUCAGCAACCUGGAACGAGUCAGACCUCGGGUCCUCAUCAAGUGUUAACGGUACACGUUUAAGUGUUAACCUCUAUCUUUUCUGCCGCACCAAGGAUUUCGAAUUUCAUUACGGUUUCACUCGAUUCAUAUAACUGUGUUCAAAAAAAAAACUACCACCAGACAUCUGUACCAUCGUGUAUUUACUGGCUGGUGAUGCAAAGGAAAAAAGGAAAACAAAAAAAAAAAACGUAUACGUUGCUAAGAAAAUUUUACCGGUAUGCUAAGAUUUUUACGUUAAAAGACGCACGAGUUGAAAAAGUUUUACUUCAUUGAUAUUCCGUUAAAAAUUAAUGAAGAAAAAAGAAAAAAAAAAAAAAGAAAAGAAAAAAAAAAGAAAAACGAUCCAACGAUCGAAAGACGAAUUCAAAAACGUAUCUUGUCUUUUCCCCGCAACCCACCUUACCCCGCCUCCCUCUUCUCUCCUCCCAGCCAUUCAGCCACCCAAACCCAUCCAUUCACCCACCAAGUGAAGUUACGUAGGAGAAACGAAAUCUAUCGUAAAUUGUUAAAAUUUGUAUUUAAUCCUUUUCUACGUGUUCGAGAGUUCCCUUUUCUUAUGACUUCAUGAUGCGACAAUAAGCGCGAUCGCGACGAUUAUAAGUAACUAUAAUGAUAACAUUGUCUCUUGUUAUCGUUGUACAUAUGUAUAUAGCUCGUACUUAGUAAUUUUCGCUGUGACUGCACCGCUUCCAAGUGUCGGCAAUCACGACGACUUGAUAUCUUAAAACUUUGAUACGCUGUUUGUUCUCGCAUAAUAAAUAGAGAUCGUACGCGUUCGUUGUUAUCAUAUAAACAAAUCCAUUAGGUGAGGCACAAGGUCGAAAUAAACGAUGAGAAAAAGGAGAAAAAACAAAAAAAAAAAAAAGAAGAAGAAGAAGAAGAAGAAUAAAAUAAAAUAAAACUGAACGUACAUAUGCAUUUAUGUGUACACUUACGCGUAUUAACAGGGGUGAGAUUAAAAUAUCCAAGGAUGAUGUUGUUCUUGAAAAUUUUUUUUGUGCUAUGAGGAAAUACUUUUCUCCUCGUAAAAAUGCGUUACUUACAACGUACAACGUAAUCGUAUAUUUACACGUACUGCUUACGAUUUUAUUGUUAGAUUAAAACUGAUUACUUUAUUAAGCGACGAACAUACCGAUACCGGAAACGCGUUUAUUAAUCCUUGGGGUUUGGAUAUUAUUUACCAAACGUCUCUUAAAAUUCACUCCAGUGAAAUCUUUUCCUAAGACUUACAAUAUAACAUGCAUACAUACAUACGUGUAAUAUGCCGAUAACGUGCGAUAGAUCGAUUGCGAAAUAUAUGUAUUUAGAAUGGUGUAACCUUCGGACGUUCCUUUCGGACGAUAUUAUUGUGAUACUAUUACGGAACGACUUUCCCACGGUCGUUUUCUACUUUCCUCUCUCUCUCUCUCUCUCUCUCUCUCUCUCUCUGUUUCUGUAUCUUUUCCUUUUCUUUUCCUUAAUUUUCUUUUUUCUUUUGUUAAGCCUCUCGUUAUAAUCCUCGUUCGACUUUCAGCUCAAAUUAAAGCUGAGCACGAAGGAAGCGAAUCGAAUUUCGCAGCACUAUGAUAUCGUCAUAAACGAAAAAAACGUAUAUAUAUAUAUAUAUAUAUAUAUAUAUAUAUAUAUAUAUUGUGUAUGCGCCGUGUUGAGAAGAACAAACAAACCAGCAGAAAAAAAAGAAAAAAAAAACAAACGAACAAACAAGAUAAAGCAAUGAAUUUGGCGAUACCUUUAAUAGUUAGUAUGGUAUGUAAAGUACGAACGUCUAUCGGCAUCUCGAAGCGCUCGAGAAAAUAUCGAUGUAGGUUAAGAUAAUAAAAGGAAGGAAGUAAACGAAAAAAAAACAAAAAAAAAACAAAAAAAAGAAAGAAAGAA